CGUGACUCAGUUUGCCGGAGUCAGUACCGCGCAUUGGUCGUAUGUGUUUUUCUUACAACUAGUCUCUCCUGCGUUUGCGGAAAAUAUGUACGCUGAUUGAAUAUAAAUUUAUUUACUCAGUCGAAAAAAUGAAUCAUACUUAUCUUGAUAAAUUUAAUGGUGAAAAAAUCUUUUUGAUAGUGUAAUUAUUUUGUUUUUUCACUAAAACCUGCGACUGUGUUUAUUUUUAAGAUAAAUCUAAUGUGCAGUGUCAAGUGUUGGUGAGUCAGAUGAAAUGUGGUAGUGUGUGAUAUUGAGUAUUUAUUUACGAAUGUAAAUAUUGUGCAUUGGAUGUAAUAUUAAGUUUUUUUAUUGCAAAACACAUGUCAAGAGAUAUUUGAACGUUUUUUUCAGAAACGACUGAUACGAAGUUGAAGACAGUUGUUUCGUCUACUAGAAACGAAGAGGUGGAUCUAAUCAAUUAUACGGCAGUGAAGUAUUCUGAAGUCAGCAGAGUUAAAUUCGAGAUCGUCGUUGUGAUCUAAAAAGACGCGGAUAAGAGUUACCGAAGAUAUAUCUGCAUUCAAUCUUCUAGGAGCGCUGAUAGCGUAAAAAAGCGUCCGUCUUCGUUGGUACUCCAGCUUCGAAUCAGCCCCUCCUUUGAAAAGUUCACGUUUCUUCAUACUUGGGUAGCAGCGAUGCCAGAAGUCUUCUUCCAACAGAACUUGCUCCCAGGCAAUAAAUGACCCAGUUUUGUGAAAUUUAUCUAAAUGAUUAAUGUAUCAAUUCAACAAAACGAGAUUACUUCAUUUCUACGGCGACAAGGACCACAGCGACGGUUUAUUUGAGUUUAAUAUUUAACGUCUGAACCAAUUCGAGUAGAUACAGCGCAAUCAUGAGACUGUCAAGCUUCCUGUUUAUCAGUCUCCUGUUAAGACUGAGUAACAGCCAGGAACCUUGGGACUGCGGACCCCCUUGCAAGUGUAAAUGGGUCUCAGGAAAAAAAACCGCGGACUGUACGCAGCAGAACUUUACGCACAUCCCGAGCUACUUAUUACCCGACACUCAAAACUUGGACCUGACUCAAAACCACAUAAGCCACGUCCAAGAGGGUGCAUUUACCCGGGUGGGUCUGGUCAAUCUCCACAAGCUAGUAAUGCGACAUUGCGGAAUCCAUACGAUACACUCCGGAGCAUUCAACGGAUUAAAAAUAGUAAUCGAGGUUGAUUUAUCAGGCAAUCAUAUAACGAAUUUGAUGCCAGGAACAUUUCUCGAGACUCAGAAACUCCGGGUGCUUUUGCUUAAUCACAAUUCCCUUAAGUCACUCGACGACGGAUUGUUCCACGACCUGGAGCAUUUGCAGCGCGUAGAAAUAUCGCAAAAUCGUCUGGAACGUAUUGCAGAAAACACAUUUAAAAAUCUCCCGGGACUGCUAACUCUUGCGCUUAAUGACAAUAAUAUAACGAGCGUUAAGCUCGCGACCUUUGAAAACCUACCUAAAUUAGGUAGUCUUGAAUUACGGAACAACCCGUGGCACUGUAAUUGUCAUUUGAAGAAAUUUCGUAAUUGGACACUGGAGCGUAAGUUGUACACAAAAGGGACAACUUGUUUUCUUCCUGAAGUGCUAGCGGGUAAAGGAUGGGACGAAGUUGAUUCUAAUGAAUUCGCUUGUCGUCCAAAAAUACUUUCAAUAGGCGCUUACCCACAAAUCGGAGUUGGAGACACGGUUACAAUGUGGUGCCAUGCCUUAGGAAUACCGAGGCCUCAAUUGUCCUGGGUCCAUCGGUCACGUGUCUUAAAUAAUUCAACGAAGCGACAAACCAGCGAUCGCGGCUACUAUUUACUGGACAGCCACGAUUGGUUGAACUUAACGAUAACAGACGUGAUUCCCUACGACAAGGGCGAGUAUAUUUGUAUCGCUAAGAGCCCUGGAGGAAGUGUUGAGAGAAAUCUCACCCUGGCUAUUGCGGGUGAUGUUGACAGCGGGAAAACGAGCUUAAUUAGCUUACCGUUGGCGCUGGGGCUCGGUGUCACGAUGCUGAUAUUUUUAUUGUUCUUCUUAACUGUUUGUACGUGGUACUGGCGGAGGAAGAAGAGACACGAGGGCGAAAAAAGUGCCGAUGUCACGUCUUUGGAGCACCAUGGCUUGGGGGAACAAGAGAAAUCACUCAUUACUGCGAUUAAUCCUGUUGUUAAACCGCCCAGGAGGUACGAAGCUCCGUCGGUUACGUCUCAUGGCACUGAGAUGACUGAGCUUAAUCGCACGCUGCUUGACAACGAUUCUGUUUUCGCUGAUGGCGUGGGAAGCAUAAUCGGUGUGAUGGGAGGUAUGCUAGACGAUCGAUCCCGCGCGACUCCUGAGCCUCAUAUCGAUAGCUCAACACUCUUACGCGGAGCUUCUUACCGUCACUACCCCCCGGACUUGCUCGCCUUUUCCGGCGGCCGGGGUGCAUCUCCAACAAGCCAAUCGUCAACCCUCCCCGACACGCGUUCAUCAACGCACUACCAGCAUCAAUCGCACCCCCAGCAGUCUCCGUCCCAGCAGCAAUCACCGCGAGGGUUUUCGCCCUCCUCUGGGCAGUAUCCCGCAGCAUUUAAGACUCUUCCGCACAAUUUAAACCGACAAAUAGGAGUCUACUCUCCAGUGCACCCUGUAAUGCCUCGGCAUGGUUACGUGACGAUUCCACGGCGCCCUAGAGCACCUAGCUGGAGCAGCGGACCCCCUAGCUCUCCAGUAGAUCACCUGGAGCCAGUUUACGACAAUUUGGGCGCGCGUACGACCGCUGAUGGCAGCUCGGUGCUUUCUUUGAACAAAAUUAACAAAAGUCCCGAGCCUGUUUCGUCGAUGAGGAUGCGACCGCUGCCCAGUACUCCAACGUCAUCAUCAGCGAAGCCUCAGGCUUCAACACCGACUCCAGCUCCAGCUUUAACUCCCUUAUCACCGCUAACACCCCCGCGAUCCACUCCAACCCCGCCGGGAUCAACUCCAACAAGCUUGCCGCCUUCUGCGCGCUUCCACUCGAUCCAGCGCAGCACCCCCAACAUUUUUAACAGCUCGGGUCAUCCCUUGGACAGAUCAGCGCCCGAAGGAGCUCCAGAAUGGUUCGCUAAGCUUCCAGAUGAAAUGGAGAAACGCGCGAGAAGAGAAUCUUCUUCUCCGCUGACCAUCUCGCCUGGACAGACUCCUACUACUCCCUCGUCUUCCUCCCCCAACACUUCCAGCACGCUGGGCAGGAAAAUACCUCCCAGGCCUCCUCCCAAGCCCAAGAAGAAGUCCAACAAUGGACCCCUCUACGAAGACGAGGGCGAGGAUGGGACAGAAGUCUGAUUUAUUUGGUCUCGGCGGAGAGUCAAGAGCAACUCGGUCUUCGUCGAUGAUCUAUAGUGCCUUUUUUUAAAGUUUAAUUAACGUGUGCCAGAUUUUUUUUUUAUUGUUAUUAUUAAGGGAUGGGGGGUAUUGGUCUUCCAUUUUCGACACGCAGAACAACAAUUGUGAAAAAGACUUUGAUGGUUAAUUAUUUGGUAGGGAGGAUUGUAUUAAGGAACUGGUUUUUUGUGAUCUUCCAUUGACUGGAGGAAAAAUUUUUUUUGGAAAAUUUAAGUUUUUUUUUAUUUUUGGUUGACUUUAUUUAAGAAAUACAAAUUU